AUGGUGGAAAACCCUGAACUCGACGACAGGAGUUGCCCGUACGUGGAGAGGCAAUUUUCUUGUGAGAAAAACGGGCAGCUUGAGUUUGAUUACCGUCAUUGGGAGUGGCAGCCGGACGACUGUUACUUGCCUAAAUUUGAUGCAGAAGUUGCACUUGAGAAGCUUAGAGGAAAGAGGCUAGUCUUCUCAGGGGAUUCCCUUCAAAGAAAUCAAUGGGAAUCUUUCGUUUGUAUGGUGGAAUGGACUAUUCCUCCCCAAAAGAAAUCUCUGACACUAGGCAAAGUCCAUAAUGUCUUCAAAGCCAAGGAAUACAAUGCAACAAUUGAGUUUCAUUGGGCUCCAUUUCUAGUUCAAUCCAAUACGGAUAUCAAUAUCAAGGAAGCGAAGAAGAGAAUCAUAAAAGUAGAUUCAGUUUCAGAUACCUCAAAAGACUGGGAAGGAGCUGAUAUCCUUGCCUUCAAUACUUACGUUUGGUGGAUGUAUGGCAUUAGAGUCAAAACAUUAUGGGGUUCGUUCGCCAAUGGUGAAGAGGGUUACGCACAGCUGGACACACCGGUUGCCUACAAAAUUGGACUGAAGACAUGGGCCAACUGGAUCGAUUCAAACAUAAAUCCCAACAAGACACGUGUGUUCUUCACGACCAUGUCGCCUAUUCAUUCAAAGAGCGAAGAGUGGGGGAGGGAAGAUGGGCUAAAAUGCUUCAACGAAUCAGAGCCACUGAAGAAGAAGAACUUCUGGGGAAACUUCGCCGCAAACAAGGAAAUGAUGAGCGCAGUGGAUGAAGUGAUGAAGAAAAUGAAAGUUCCAGUUUCGGUUCUUAAUGUAACGCAGCUUUCAAUGUACAGAGUGGAUGCGCAUUCAUCCAUAUACACGGAGACCGGGGGAAAGCUUCUGACACCCGAGGAAAGAGCAGAUCCAAAGAAACAUGCCGACUGCAUCCAUUGGUGCUUGCCCGGAGUUCCAGAUACUUGGAAUCAAUUACUCUUUGCACAUUUGUAGCCA